CAGACUCUCUUUUCCCCAACUUCCUACUUCCCCUAUUUUUUUUUUUACCCCCUUCUCUUAUAAUUCCAUAUCAGAUCCUAUCCAAUUCAAUGGAGCCUGUGGAACGGAAGCCCGAGGCCGGCUUCCCUAUUUACCGCAACAUGCCUUCCACGCAGCAGCAAGCCUCUGGAGAGCUACCCCGCCUGAAGGCCACGCCGCAUGACGAGCUUCACGACCUUCUUUGCGUGGGAUUCGGACCCGCUUCCCUGGCAAUCGGCAUUGCGCUUCACGAUGCUUUGGACCCGUGUUUGAACAAGGCCGCCCCGGCUGGUUGGCAGCCCAAGGUCUGCUUCCUCGAGCGACAGAAACAAUUCGCAUGGCACUCCGGUAUGCUCGUCCCGGGCUCCAGAAUGCAGAUCUCGUUUAUCAAGGAUUUGGCCACCCUCCGCGACCCUCGCAGUAGCUUCACCUUCCUCAACUACCUGCACCAGAAAGAUCGUCUGAUCCAUUUCACAAACCUGAGCACCUUCCUCCCCGCUCGGAUGGAAUUCGAAGACUACAUGCGCUGGUGCGCGCAACGGUUCUCCGACGUCGUGAGCUACGGAGAGGAGGUGGUCGAGGUGGUUCCGGGCAAGACCGACCCCAACAGCUCGGUGGUCGACUUCUUCACGGUGAAGUCGCGGAACGUGGAGACCGGCGACAUCACCGCGAGGAGCGCUCGUAAGGUGGUUAUGGCCAUCGGAGGUAUCGCGAAGGUUCCCCCGGGCCUGCCCCAGGACCUCCGAAUCAUGCACUCGUCCAAGUACUGCACAACCCUACCCGCUCUGCUGAACGACGACCGCCAAGCGUACAACAUUGCGGUUCUGGGAAGCGGCCAGAGUGCCGCCGAGAUCUUCCACGACCUUCAGAAGCGAUACCCCAAGUCGAGGACUACUCUAAUCAUGAGGGACUCGGCCAUGCGACCCAGUGAUGAUUCUCCAUUUGUCAACGAAAUCUUUAACCCCGAGCGAGUCGAUAAAUUCUUCCACCUUUCGCCCGCCGAACGUCAGCGCUCCCUCGCCGCCGACAAGGCAACCAACUACAGUGUUGUCCGGCUCGAACUGAUCGAGGAGAUCUACAAUGAUAUGUACCUUCAGAGAGUCCGGAACCCCGACGAGACGCAAUGGCAGCACCGCAUCCUGCCCAACCGCAAGGUUACGCGAGUCGAACACUACGGACCCAAGAGCCGGAUGCGCCUGCACCUGAAGUCUGCCAAGGACGAGACGGAGAGUGCGGUGAGCGAAGGCAAAGAAACUCUGGAGGUUGACGCCCUCAUGGUGGCAACGGGCUAUUUCCGCAACGCACACGAGCAGCUCCUGCAAAAUGUGCAACAUUUGCGCCCUGUGGGCCAGGAGGGGUGGAACCCGAGCCGGGAUUAUCGGGUCGACCUAGACCCCAGCAAGGUCGCCGCGCAGGCCGGAAUCUGGCUGCAGGGAUCCAACGAGAAAACGCAUGGCCUGAGUGACAGUCUUCUGUCGGUCUUGGCCGCUCGGGGCGGAGAGAUGGUGAACUCGCUCUUUGGAAGUCAGCUUGCGGAUGGGGUGGUGCCGGACACCCCCAAGUUCCGCGCUAUGCUCUAAUUGAAAAUCGACCAAGGGGAUGGGGAAAAGGGGGUAAAAAAAAAAGAAAAAUAUGAAAAAUAUCGUGGCCCAGAUCCGCUUGUUUAGGCGAAUAUGGCGCUAAAGGAAUAAUUCUGGCAGCGAACGGGCCAGCAAACGGAAAGGAACACUGAACAGUGAACCCGGAGAAUGGGAAGGGAUACGCCGAGUUAACCCCACAGGGGUUUUGCCAAAAAUUUACUGAUACAUUCAAGUUGCCUGUGGAACAUUUAAGAUUCAUGCGAUAUUGUACAUUCCAUACCACUAUUAACCUGCUGUUUUCUUUUUCUUUUUAUUUUUUGGAGAUACAUUCUAUAGAGAGGUAGACAC